UUGAAUAAAGUCUGAGGCCAGUAACAUCAAGUGAGGACAAACCCAGCCUAAUCUCUCCUUCCACACUGAGUCCAAACCUACAGUCACUGGGUCCUGAUUGUGACAGUGGAGCCCAGUUUGCACUGCAGGAUCCAGAGAUGGCAUCAGUGAAGCUGGAAGACUGUAGUCAAACACUGGAGCUGAACGUCAACAUUAAAAAUGAAGAAGAGGGGGAGAAGAUUGGGACAUCUGUUUCUCAUGGAAACCAUGUUGAGACAUUCUCUACAUCCGGAGAGCAGCUGGAAGAUCGCAGAGCUAAGAGAUUUCACCAUUGCCCACAUUGUGAGAAGAUUGUGCCAUUUAUAUCAAAGCUAAAAAUACACCUAAAAAUACACACAGGAAAUCAUCUGUAUUCCUGCACUGACUGUGGGAAGAGCUUCACCACAUCAACUAAGCUAAAAGUUCAUCAGAGAACACACACGAGAGAGAAGCCUUAUUCCUGCUCUGACUGUGGGAAGAGUUUCUCCCGAUUGGAUAAUUUAAACACACAUGAACGUAUACAUACAGGAGAGAAGCCUUAUGUCUGCUCUGACUGUGUAAAAUGCUUUAAAACAACAGCUGAGCUAAAAGUUCAUCAGAGAACACACACAGGAGAGAAGCCUUACUUAUGCUCUGACUGUGGGAAGGGUUUCUCUCGACUGGGCCACUUAAAAAUACAUGAACGUAUGCAUACAGGAGAGAAACCUUACCCCUGCUCCAAUUGUAUAAAAUGCUUCACAACAUCAACUGAGCUAAAUGUUCAUCAGAUAACACACACAGGAGAGAAGCCUUACUUCUGCUAUGACUGUGGGGCAAGUUUCUCUCGUCUGGGCAACUUGAAACUACAUAAACGUGUGCAUACAGGAGAGAAGCCUUACACCUGCUCUAAUUGUAUAAAAUGCUUCACAACAUCAACUGAUCUAAAAGUUCAUCAGAGAACACACACAGGAGAGAAGCCUUACUUAUGCUAUGACUGUGGGGCGAGUUUCUCUCGACUGGACCAUAUAAAACUACAUGAGCGUGUACAUACAGGAGAGAAGCCUUACAUCUGCUCUGACUGUGGAAAAUGUUUUAAAACAACAGCUGAGCUAAAAGGUCACCAGAGAACACACACAGGAGAGAAACCGUACUCCUGCUCUGACUGUGGGAAGAGUUUCUCUCAACUGGGCCAGUUCAAAAUACAUGAACGUAAACAUACAGGACAGAAGCCUUACUCCUGCUUUUAUUGUGUAAAAUGCUUCACAACAUCAACUGAGCUAAAAGUUCAUCAGAGAACACACACAGGAGAGAAACCUUACUCCUGCUCUGACUGUAGGAAGAGUUUCUCUCAACCGAGCCACUUAAAAAGACACCAAGGUAUACAUAAAGGAGAGAAGCCUUCCUACUGCUCUGAUGACGGAAAAUAUUUGAAAUCAUCAGCGGAGCUAAAAGGUCAUCAGAGAUCACACACAAGAGAGAAACCUUACUUCUGCUCUUACUGUGGCAAGAGUUUCUCCCGAUUGGGAAAUGUGAAAAUACACCAACGGAUACACACUGGAGAGAAGCCUUAUCACUGCACUGACUGUGAGAAGAGAUUCUCUCAACAGAGCAAUUUAACAAGACACCAAAAUAUACAUAAAGGAGAGAAGCCUCAUCAGUUCUCUCAGACCAGCGAAGAUUAGAUACUCCACUUAAUUAUCAUGUCAUUAAAUAAUUGGCAAUGUUGAAUUGGAUCAAAUGAAGAAAGCGUAGAGCACUUGAAAUCCUAUUUUAUCACUGUGAGAGAACUGUGCAGAGGAAAGGGAGCGUUAUAGAAUGUUAGCCUCUCUGUACUUUACUGAUCAGUGUGCACCUUGUCAGUUCUGGUGUGUUUUGUUCACUUCUACUGUAAAGAUAUUGAGAUGAUCUUGGAUUUGCCCUUAGGGUUGUGACUGGAUGGUACUGCUUCCCUCUGCAGUUUUCUGUGGGAAUGAGCUGGUAGACAACAUGCACUGAGUGUACAAAACAUUAAGGACGCCUGCUCUUUCCAUGACAGACUGACCAGGUGAACCCAGGUGAAAGCUAUCAUCCUUAAUGCUGUUUAUUUAUUAUGGAUCCCCAUUAGCUUUCAGCAGAAAACAUGAAACUGCAGUUGGAGUGGGCUAAGAAUUGAAAAGACUGGACACUGGAGGAUUUGAAAAUCUUUGCCUGGUCUGAUGAAUCCCUGUUCCUGCUGUUUCAUGCUGAUGGUAGGACUAGGGUAUGGAAAAAAACAUCAUUCCAUGCAUUAAUGCUGUGUGUCAGCAUUGCAGGCUGGUGGUGGUUGUGUGAUGGUUUGUUUUCAUGCAUCGGAACAUUCAGUCUGCAGCUGUUUAAAGACUUUAGUCAAGUAAAUUCGACCGAGAACCAACUUGUGUACCUUUUUGAAGGAUCCAGUCUAACGAAGACGAGAGGGGAAGAACAUUUCCCUCUCACCACUGUGUGGUACUCGGAUGUAUCCAUUCUAACAAACACUUUCAGAACAAAGAAGCCUACUACAACUACUAAGGACAUGGUGACCUCAGAGACUCUCUGUCUAACUAUUUGUCACAGACUGAUCGGGUGAUUUCAACAGAGAGAGACGACAAAGACAUACAAACGUAAAUGACCGUAUUAUUAAACUGUAUGUACGAUAGCUGAAUUCCUUUGCAUCUUCUUCUCUUGCCCCCCCCCCCUCCUCUUUCAUUGUGUAACAAGCCGUCAUAUCGGAUUAACAUUUCAUUGCAUCAUGUUAGUAAUCAAUGUAUAAUCGAUCCUGUGUGUUUGUGUUUCUGUGUGAUUAUUUAGUUAGUUAGUAAAUAAAUAAUUAAGCUCAUUUGUGUAUCACUAAUUCAUCGUCUAGACUAGGGUUCGUGCAGAUAUCCAAGAAUUUUGCAACGUUCAGAAUGUGACUGAUAUGAAGUAAAAAUACAUGAAUAAGUGUCUUAUCUAAACGGAGCAAAAAAAGAAACAUCCCUUUUUCAGGACUCUGUCUUUCAAAGAUAAUUCGUAAAAAUCCAAAUAACUUCACAGAUCUUCAUUGUAAAGGGUUUAAACACUGUUUCCCAGGCCUGUUCAAUCAACCAUAAACAAUUAUGAAGGUGCAUCCCUUCAUGGCGGCAGUGUAUCCAUCUGGUAAUAGAUUUCUACAGCAGGAUUAUGCCACAAGGCUUGUCCAGGAAUGGUUCCAAGAACAUGACAGUGAAUUCAGUUUACUGCAGUGGCCUGACGAGUCACCAGAUCUCAAUCCAAUUGUUCAUCUGUGGGAGGAGAUGGAACGAGCUGAUGAUGAUCAGUUUUCAGCAUUAGUUUGGGUGGAUUAUUUUAUAUUACUAUAUAACUUUUGUUUAAUGAUAAACAGGCUAUGAAUCGACUACUUGUAUUUAUUACAUUGUCUUUUAAUACUAGAUUCAUUAUUUUAGUCAUUGAUGAUGAAUGUAUUUGAAUAACUGUAUUGAAGUUAAUUGAUCUGGCGGCAGGUAGCCUAGUGGUUAAGAGUGUUGGGCCAGUAACUGAAAGGUCGCUGGUUUGAAUCCCGAGCCGACAAGGUGAAAAAUAUGUAAUUGGGCCCUUGAGCAAGGCAAUUGACCCUUAUUUGUCCUGUAAGUCACUCUUAUCCAGAGAUCUGCUAAAUGACACAAAUGUAAUGAAACAUUUUUGUACAUGAUUUUAUGCUGGGCAACCUCUUCUUCUCUUGUGUAUAAUUACAUGUGUAUAAUGAAGUGAAAUACUGUAUAUACAAUACACAACAUUACUGCUUUGUUGACCCUGUCCCUGUGGCCAGGGUCAGAGUAAGCACAUUUUUCACCCCCUCUCCUACAAUUUUUUAAAAAGAGAGGCUGCCUGGAUCUUUAAUUUAAAGACCGUUGCUCUCUUCGGUCUCAAUGUAUACUUUGAUCUGAAGCCUUUCUUGUGAUUGUGCUAUUCAUUGUAAAUGUUUGUAGGCCUAUGUAGCAAAAUUGUAUCUGUGAUCGUAUGCUCUCAUUCAUGUUUUUGAUAGGUUAGCCAGCACCUCGCCUAAACUUAAAUCUUAAAAGGGGUGAAAUAUUUUUUUGUCCUACCAACCUACAGUACCUACAAUACAUUUUCAAAGUGUAAGAAAUUUGUAAAAAAACAGAUUUAAUCUAUUUCCCCACCCCAUGAAACAGUUCUACAGCAACUUGACAUGUGUGUUGUGGCUUGUAACUAGCUAGCCAUUUAAGAGAUGGUUUGAAUCCUAAUCAACCCAUCCAA